AUGCUUGGCAGGAAGAGAAAUCGCAUCUUCAUCGCCCGCGUUUCUUCCUUCGUUCCCGUGGGGCAACAUGCACCACCCAGCGACCCGCUACCACUUCACACCACCAUCACCACCACCUUUGACCUUAUAGACCUUGCGAACCGUUCAUUUGUUCACUCAUUCAUUGGAAGGGUUGCUGUGCCCCAUCACCAAGACGAACAUUCCAUCAGGCGCUCGGGGAAAUACGUCCCAUGCCAUGAACAGCGCAUGCCUGACGAGGUGCCGCCGCCCUCACGCGCUCUCCCCUGCCCUAAUUCGUGCGCCAACCGCGUCUCAUCGCUUGCAUUUUCUCCCUCUCUCGUCGCCGCCGAGCAGCAGCCGGGGUAUAUCCGCCUCGCCCUCGCGGCCGAAGCAACACGACGGCGACCCGAGGUUCAGAGACCUGGGCAAACAGAUAUCGGACGAGUAUGCCGUGACACACCAAAGAAUCCCAUCGUCCUCGCCCACGGGCUGAUGGGCUUCGCCGAACUCCGCCUGGGCGGCUACGUCCCGCCGAUUCACUACUGGCGCGGCAUCUCGGACUCGCUGGGCACGCUCUCGGGCCCGGACAACGUCAUCACGACCUCAGUGCCGCCCUCGGCCUCCAUCGAGGAGCGCGCCGCCGCGCUGGCCGCCGACAUCGCCGCCAAGGCCCGCGGCCGCGCCGUCAACAUCGUCGCCCACUCCAUGGGCGGCCUCGACGCCCGCUACAUGAUCUCCGUCCUCCGGCCCGCCGGCGUCUCCGUCGCGAGCCUCGUCACCGUCGCCACACCCCACCGCGGCAGCGCCUUCGCCGACUUCCUCCUCGAAGGCCGCGGGCCCAUCAAGCUGGCCAGCCUGUACGGACUCAUCGAACGCGCCGGCCUCGGCACCCAGGCCUUUGACCAGCUGACGCAGCGGUACAUGGAGGACGAGUUCAACCCGCGCACGCCCGACCGCGACGACGUGCGCUACUUCAGCUACGGCGCCUGCACGAGCCGGCCGCCGCUGCUGAGCCCGUUCCGGCAGAGCCACCGUAUCCUUGAGGGUGUCGAGGGCGCCAACGACGGGCUCGUGAGCGUCGCGAGCAGCCGGUGGGGCAAGUACCAGGGCACGCUGCUGGAGGUGAGCCACCUGGACCUGAUCAACUGGUCGAACCGGCUGAAGUGGACGCUACGCAAGGUCUGGAUGGGGCAGACGAGGCCAUUUAACGCCGUCGCGUUCUAUCUGGACAUUGCCGACAUGUUGGCCAAGGAGGGGUUGUGA